ACUAGUGAAUGGUUUAAUAUUGUGGUAUUUACAGCGUCUGUUCCUGAUUAUGCAAACAAAAUUCUUGAUUAUAUAGAUCCGGAGAAUAAAUAUUUUUGUAAAAGAUUUUAUCGCGAGUCCUGCAUCUUGUACAAACAAAAUAGAUUCAUAAAAGAUCUUGGAGUUGUAGGAUCAGAUCUUAAAAAAGUUUGUAUGAUAGAUGAUAAUUAUACUUCAUUUGCUUUUCAUAAAGAAAAUGGAAUAAAAUUAGUAAAAUGGACACAAAACAAUGACGAUGAUGAAGUUUUACUACAUCUUAUUAGUUAUUUAGAAUCAAUGAAAGAUUAUGAAGAU